CGCUGCUGAGCAGAUCACAGAAGAACCGGCCGGCGCGCGCUCACACACUCACGCUCCCCCCAAACAAAGAAGCACGCGAGGCAGCAGAGCAUCCCACCCUUUCGGCCCAAUCUCAGAAGCUUUCUCCCCCCCUCCCGCAGCCCCCCCAUCCCAAAUCAGAACCGAAGCCCCGACCAUGACAGCCAACGGUUCGACUAACGGAACCAGCGACAUGCUGCAGAUCCAGUUCGGUCUCAUCAACUGCGGGAACAAGUAUCUCACCGCGGAGACCUUCGGCUUCAAAAUUAACGCGUCGGCCACGAGCAUGAAGAAGAAGCAGAUCUGGACCCUGGAGCAGAGCGGGGAUGACUCCAGCGCCAACGUCUUCUUCCUCAAGUCCCAUCUGGGUCGGUACAUCGCUGCGGACAAGGACGGGAACGUGACCGGAGACAGCGAGAGCCCCGGUCCGGAGUGCCGCUUCGUCAUCACCGCCCACGAUGACGGCCGCUGGUCCCUGCAGUCCGAACAGUUCGGCCGGUACCUGGGCGGAACCGAGGACCGGAUCAUCUGCUUCGCCCAGACGGUGUCGGUGGCGGAGAAAUGGAGCGUGCACAUCGCCAUGCACCCGCAGGUCAACAUCUUCAGCGUGACGCGCAAGCGCUACGCGCACCUGAGCGACAAGGUGGAUGAGAUCGCCAUCGACCGGGACGUGCCGUGGGGGGUGGACUCCAUGAUCACGCUGGUGUUCCGGGAGCAGCGGUACCACCUGCAGACCUCCGACAACCGCUUCCUGAGGAACGACGGCGCGCUGGUGGCCACCACGGAUAAGAGCACAGGAUACACGCUGGAGUUCCGCUCCGGGAAGGUGGCCUUCAGGGACUGCAGCGGCAGGUACCUGGCUCCAUCCGGGCCCUCAGGCACCAUGAAGUCCGGCAAGAGCGCGCGGGUGGGGAAGGAUGAGCUGUUCGUGCUGGAGCAGAGCCACCCUCAGGUUGUCCUCACCGCGGGAAACGAGCGGAACGUCUCCACCAGGCAAGGCAUGGACCUGUCGGCCAAUCAGGAUGAAGAAAGCGACCAGGAGGUGUUCCAGGUGGAGAUCUGCCGUGAAAACCGGAAGUGUGCGUUUCGGACCGCCGCGGGGAAGUACUGGACUCUGACCGCUAAUGGAGGCCUGCAGUGUACCGCCUCUAGCAAGUCCACCAACUGCUACUUUGACAUUGAGUGGCGUGGGAAGCGGCUGACUCUCCGCGCAGCCAACGGGAAAUACGUGGCUGCCAAGAAAAACGGCCAGCUUGCCGCCACCAUGGACUCUGCAGGAGAGUCUGAGGAGUUCAUCAUGAAGCUGAUCAACCGUCCAAUCAUCGUUCUGCGUGGAGAGCAUGGCUUCAUCGGCUGCAGGAAGGUGACCGGCACGCUGGACUCCAACCGCUCCUCCUACGACUACUUCACUCUGGAGUUCAGAGACGGGGCUUACAGUCUGCAAGAUUCGACUGGAAAGUACUGGAUGGUUGGGAACGAGCAGGCGGUGGUGAGCAGCAGUGACACCCCCGUCGACUUCCUCUUCGAGUUCUGCGACUAUAACAAGCUGGCCGUCCGCCAUGCCGCCGAUGGGAAGUACCUCCGCGGGGACCACGCCGGCGUACUGAAGGCCAACGCCGACGACCUGGAAACCGCCACCAUGUGGGAGUACUAAGGGAUGGAGGCAGUCUGAUGCCGCCACCCCCCUAAAUCUACUCCUUCCCUCCUCCCCCCAUAUUAAAUCUCGUCCUUUUUGACUUUACAUGUCGACAAACUGCACAGAGAGAUCAGCACCGCUCUAAGGAAGGAGACGCUCCUCUCUCCCUCCCUUUCCUUCCUUUUUCUUUUUCCACCGUCCGAUCUGCCAUUCAGCCCCAACCUGUAUCUGUUGCCAUAGUUACCACAGGGCUGUGCACUUUUCCUGCUUGGAUUUGUCUCGCUGCACGACUUGUCGCUCCUUGAGCAGAUGCCACGUUUAAACGGCCCCUCUUUCCCUCAAUAUGAACCUCCUGGUUGUGUUCCUGGUGUCUGAACUGGACCGGUGGAUCCUUUUUUCCCUUCGAUCCGAGCUCCAAACUCAGACCUCCAUCUUUAACCGGGAUCAAGUGAUCCAGGUCUGUUUUAGAGGAGACGGAUCUUGGGAAGCUUUGUGCUCUGCCUCCAUCAGUCCAGAUUCAGGGUUUGUUUGUUUAUAAGAGCUGAGUGUAAAAUAAUUGAUGAUGUUUGAUGGGAUAAAGCCCUGCUCCUUUCAUCUCAAAUGUAUGAUAUUUAGAUGUAAGCCUGUGUCGCUCGCUAGCUGUAUUAUUAAUGGUUGGUCAGAGGGGGAAGAUCUUAGCAGGUUGUAGGAAAAUUGAAAACCUCUGAGAGCUGUAGUCCAGAGAAAUGGUAUAAAAGGUUAAAAACUGUGCAGAUACAUGUUUAUGUUUGCUGCACUCUUGCACAGUUGCAUUGGUUUCUUGCUCCAAGUCCAAGGCACAGACAUUAUCAUGGUAAAGCUUAGAGUAUUAAUGUAGUGAAACAAUUUAACGGAGGCUUAGAAAGCUGCUUUAUUUUUGUUUUAAAUUCCUCGACCAAACGUUCACCUGAGCCUUUACGCUGACCCAGCUUUUGAUACUGGAUAGAUUAACUGUUUAACUGGAAUCUGGUGCUACAGACAUCCUCAUCGCUCACGGUGAUCUAUCCCUAACAUCUCCGCUCCACAUCAAAGAGCAGAAUUAUCCCGUUACUGAAAUCUGUUUUUAUUUGUGUUGGUUUAGUCCUGUAGCUUUCUGCAUCCAUGGGAUUCCCUCCACUCUUCGCCAACAGAAAUCCAUCUCCAGAUUUUUCACAAUCCUCCAGAAACUCUUCAAACGACCAAUCACUGCAGAGCUGUGAAACGAUGCAUGGUUGGAUCCAGUCGGUCCAAUUUAGUUUCUGAUGUUUUCCACAAAAGGCUUGAUGGAGUGGAAAAACCUUUGGCAAACUGGAUGUUGGGAGGGUAAAGGUGUGGUAAUGACUGUGCCUUACUCUUGAGUUUUGAUUUUUGGCAGUAGGAUAAUAAAUUAGAAAAAAAAAAAGAGAAAAUGGAAGUCCACAUCUUUGCUUUGUAAAACUGGAACCGUUUUUGUAUUAUUUUGUACUAUUUUUCUGAGAUAUUGUGGAGUAAUCUCUCUUGUGCCAUUGGUUCACCUGAAAUCCAGCAACCAAUAAAAACUGGAAUUUGAA